CUCCUCCUCGCUCUUCUCUUCAGUCAGAGUGAAACUUGUGUCAGUGUGGAUUUUUACAGCAGCUGCUUCAGACGCGGCAUCCUCCUGCAACAGAGAGAGAGAGAGAGAGAGGGAGCGAGAGAGAGUGAUGAGGAGGAAGGAGAAGAGGCUGCUGCAGGUCGCCGGGCUGCUCGUGGCGGCGCUGCUUUUCUUCCCGAACGUCGGGCUGUGGUCUUUGUACCGGGACCGACUGCUGGACAACUCACCGGAAAACACAGCGGAGGGUCCGGGCCGCUUUUCCGCCACACAGGAGUUGAACCAGCGGAGGAGAGUGGCUCAGGUGGGACUCGAUGGCGUGCGGCGCACAGACUGGCACGACUACGAGGCGAUCAGGAGAGACGCCGCCCGCGUCGGGAACGGCGAACAGGGGAAAGCGUUCCCUCUGUCGGAAACCGAGCAGGUGGACCAGGCGUACCGAGAAAACGGCUUCAAUAUCUACGUCAGCGACCGGAUCUCCCUCAACCGCUCGCUGCCCGACAUCCGCCACGCCAACUGCAAACAGAAGCUGUACGCGGAGAAGCUUCCCAACACCAGCGUCAUCAUCCCGUUCCACAACGAGGGCUGGUCGUCGCUGCUCAGGACGGUUCACAGCGUCAUCAAUCGCUCGCCGCCACGGCUCGUCGCCGAGAUCAUCCUGGUCGACGACUUCAGUGACAAAGAUCACCUGAAGACACAGCUGCAGAAGUACAUGGCGCGUCUGCCAAAGGUUCAAAUCCUGAGGACGAAGAAGAGGGAGGGACUGAUCCGCACUCGUCUGCUGGGAGCCGCUGCCGCAAAAGGGGAAGUCAUCACCUUCCUGGACUCUCACUGUGAGGCCAACGUCAACUGGCUUCCUCCACUGCUGGACCGAAUUGCCCAGAACAGGAAGACGAUCGUGUGCCCGAUGAUCGACGUCAUCGACCACGACAACUUCGGCUACGACACGCAGGCGGGCGACGCCAUGCGCGGAGCCUUUGACUGGGAGAUGUACUACAAGCGCAUCCCCAUCCCCCCGGAGCUGCAGUGGGACGACCCCAGUGAACCCUUCGAGUCUCCAGUGAUGGCCGGUGGACUGUUUGCCGUAGACAGGAAGUGGUUCUGGGAGCUCGGGGGAUACGACACAGGUCUGGAGAUCUGGGGAGGAGAACAGUACGAGAUCUCCUUCAAGGUGUGGAUGUGUGGAGGACGGAUGGAGGACAUCCCUUGCUCCAGGGUUGGACACAUCUACAGGAAGUACGUCCCCUAUAAAGUCCCCGGUGGAAUCAGUCUGGCAAAGAACCUGAAGCGCGUGGCAGAGGUGUGGAUGGAUGAGUACGCCGAGUACGUGUACCAGCGCCGACCCGAGUACCGCCACCUAUCUGCGGGAGACAUGACGGCGCAGAAGGAGCUGAGGAACCGGCUCAACUGCAAGAACUUCAAGUGGUUCAUGAGCGAGGUGGCCUGGGACCUGCCCAAGCACUACCCGCCGGUGGAGCCCCCCGCUGCUGCAUGGGGGGAGAUACGGAACGUGGGCAGCGACAUGUGUAUGGAGAUCAAACACUUUGUGUCCGGGAGUCCCAUCCGCCUGGAGAACUGCGUGAAAGGCCGCGGCGAGGUGGGCUGGAGUCACGGUCAGGUGCUGACCCUCGGUUGGAGGGAGGACAUUCGUGUGGGCGACCCCAUGCACACGAGGAAGGUCUGCUUCGACGCCGUCUCCCACAACAGCCUCGUGACUCUGUACGACUGUCACGGCAUGAAGGGCAACCAGCUGUGGCGCUACAGGAAGGACAACAGCGUGUACCACCCCGUCAGUAACAGCUGCAUCGACAGCAGCCCGAGCGAGCGGCGAGUCUUCAUGAACACGUGCGACCCUUCCUCCACGAGCCAGCAGUGGCUGUUCGAGAGGACCAACGCCACCGUGCUGGAGAACUUCAACCGGGACACCAACUGAGGGCGGCGUGCUGCGAGACGAGGCAUCUUCCAAAGAAACCCAUCGAGGAACGAUGAUCUCCUUUGACCCGAUGAGAUUAGAGGCUAGAAUAUGAAGAAGCUGCUGCUUUGGAAGCGUUCACCACGGUGAAGCAGUGACACUGUGACAGACUCAGAGCUCAGAGCGCUGGUCGGACCAAACUCAUCCUGAAUCCAAUCAUACAGCACAAGCUUGUGAAGGAGAACAAGGCUGGAGGAACCACAGUGAAACCUGAAACCCAAACAAACUGAAGUUUGGACAUUGAGACACAAACUUCAGCAAAGACACUCCUGUCUUUUAUUGCUGGAGUAUUUCUGCCAGACACAGACUUGUGGGCGGAUGUUUUCAACUUUGCCUCAUUUUUGUUUUUCUUCUUCUAUUGUUGCCUUAAAAGAAUUCCAACCCUGGGAUUUACAGAAUCGGCUCUUUGUUUCAUUCCGGGCAUUCUCUGAACCUUUUUUGGUGGAAACGGAAUCAUCCCUGCACAAUGUGUGGAACACAAUCUUUUACGGACUCGUUGUUUUUUUUGAAAGUGCAAAUAUUUUUUCUACGUCCCAAUAAAACAAGAAGAUUCACACGAGAAA